AGUUCUAAAAUUUAGAUUUUUGCCAAUUUAAAUUUUUUGUUUUCAAAAUCUGAAAUUAUAAUUUAUCGUAACUGCCUAUUUUCUGCGUAAUUUUUUUGAACACCUGAAGUGCCAGUACUAGUGUGGACUAAUGGAUUUUGCGCUAUGCUUUCAACGUUUCUGACAUAUUAAGUGGUUGGCCAUUCUGUGAAUUUUUGUAAGUAAAAAAAGAAGAAUAAAACAUGUCGUGAACAUGUCUGUCGUCGUUCGGCAAACACAUGAACUUAAGAUCUUUACAUGGAAAAUAUAUUUUUUGUGAACAGUUAGGUUAAUGAUUAUAAGUUUAAUAGGAAAACUAUUAGUAUAUAAAAAGGAGAUCGAGCAGGUCGCGCUCGUUGGGCGUCGGGGGCAGCAGCGCGGGCCCUCUGUCAUGCCACGCAGCAAGCGGCGCAGUGCUGUCGACAUGGGCCUGGAAGACGACGACAGACAGUUCGCCAAGCGCUUCAGGAACACAGUGGGUUCGCGACGACAUUCAAAAGUGGAUGAUUCGGUCACCUUCAGCCAGAAAAGAUGUCUCACCUGGUUUCACGAGUACACAUCUCCAGAUGAACCAGAUGUGCUGGGGCCCGAGGGGAUGGAGAAGUUCUGCGAGGACAUCGCAGUGGAGCCGGAGAACGUGGUGAUGCUUGUGCUGGCGUGGAAGAUGAACGCUCGCCAGAUGGGCUUCUUCACGCAGGAAGAGUGGCUCAAGGGACUGUCUGAACUCCAGUGUGACUCCAUCUCCAAACUGCAGGGCAAGUUGGACUACCUUCGCUCUCUUCUCAAUGAUCAAGUCUCCUUCAAGAGCAUUUACCGAUACGCUUACGACUUUGCCCGCGACAAGGACCAGCGCAGCAUGGACGUGGACACGGCCAAGGCCAUGCUGCAGCUGCUGCUCGGCAAGCACUGGCCGCUCUUCAGCCACUUCAGCUGCUUCCUCGACCAGUCCAAGUACAAGGUCAUCAACAAGGACCAGUGGUGCAACAUCCUCGAGUUCUCCCGUUCCAUCUCGCCCGACCUCGCCAACUACGACGUGGACGGGGCCUGGCCCGUCAUGCUGGACGAAUUUGUGGAGUGGCUGAAAGCUGCUCGGAGGAGCUGAAAGUUGCUCCACUCAGACUGCGCGCCGUCAUCGCCCUGUGAUCAACCAACACUACUACAAUUCACUAUUCCUGCAGUCUAUGUAAACAUAUAAAUAUACAUACCUAUAUAUAUACUGUAUCAUAUUUGAAUAUCCAUUUUACCUGGCCUAAUGUCACGCUCUCUUAGUCCUAGACCUCUCGUCCAGGAAUACUGAGCUCAAGUACCUUCGUGUCUCGACUGCCUCGUUAGUGUACCAGAGGGAUGUGUGUGAUGUAGGGUUCCAGGGCUUUCUCAGUCAUGUUGCUGGCUCUCCCAUGUCCACAUUCUUGCAUCUCCUUCAGGUUGCUGAGAACGUCAACUGCAAUUAGCGGAUUUAGGCAAGGGAGAGGUGUCAUACUUAGCAGCAUGACUUAAAAUGUGCCCUGAAUCGGAGGAUAGUUGCUGAUCGUACUUCUUUUACUUAUUCAAAGAACAAGCAUCGUUAGCUGCCAAGUGUCUGCAUUUGGUCAGUGUUUGGUGGUUCCAUCGCAGUAAAAAUUUGAUGGGUCAUUUGAAAUGUUAUAAAUUAAUUAUUAACAAUAUCUUACUUGGUGUACAAUUAACUGUAGACACUGUCUGGCAUUAUUAAAUCAUAGUUAUGAUUAUUUAGUUAAUGCAUAAAAAAAUUUCCUCCUUAAUUUUUGUUUGUUUAGUUUAAAAUUUGUUAAUAUAUUACAUUUGAUAAAAUAUGGGUUGGAUGUUGAUAUGUAAAAAUGACUAUGAAUACUAGAGAAAGCUAAACGUUCUGUACAGAUAUUUUAAGAUAUUGUUUGUAUUAGCUUGCUGCACAAAUGUGUGUGUAGGUAGAUAUUUUGAAGUGAUCUUUCCUAGAUUAUGGAGUACUGACAAAGUAAUUUUCUGAAGGACUGUCUGUGAUGUUCCUAGCCAAACACUAUAGUGGAAUGUCAUUCCAUUGUCUAUUCAUAUUUAUUGUCACUUUCUACAGGUCCUUUCCUGGAAAAUUAAUGUAUUGAUGCAAAGUAGGCAAGUGCACAAAAAUAUAAAAAUAAUAAAAUGUGAUUAAAAUUUAAAUACAAGACUUAAAGUAGAGGAUAAGCUGGAAGACUUGGAUACAAAGAAAAAUGAUAUCAAAGAAUAUUUAUGGAAUUGAGAAAACCUGAAUAAUGCAUUGGGUUACAACCUAAAUUAUACAUGAAUUACCUUAAUUUAUUCCCCUACAGUUCUGUGUGGGAAAGUGCCAUAAUAAUGAACAUUUUUGUAAGACAGUGCAAAAUAAAUGUCUGUGAAAUUAAUAAAAUAACCACGCAGGAUGAAUUUUGUACAUUUUAUAUAAUUUUUUGAUAAUUUUUUUUCCGAUCCUGUUUGGUUUUAAUGUGAAGAAUUGUUCAACCAAGAAUGAUUGUAAUAUACAGGAAAAAAUUAUGAAUGGCAUUAAUUGAUAAUAUAAUACAUAACUAGGUAUGUGUUUGUAAGUAAAUACACCAUGCAAAAUAUUGCAAUACAGUAGUGUCCCGAAAACUCGGCCAAAUGUGGACCGAAGGUUGGCCGAGUUUGUGAAUAUGCGGAGUUAUCGGUACUUGUGCUCAAAAAGAAUAAGUAUGAAUGCUUCAUCAGAAAAUACGGUACUCUAGUUGCAUGUAUUGUUUACUUGAAAAUACAACAAAGAAUUUACUGUCCAAAUAUGUAUCUGUAAACAAAGUAAAAGUACAUACUUUAUGAAGGCAUACACUUUGCUACAUGAAAAUGAACAUUAAUGAAUACACAGUGAACAAUAAUUUACAUAAUAAGACAGAAGACUACAGGUGGUUGAGCGCUGGGAUUUUCCCCUUGUCAGGGUGUGGCCAAGUUAUCGGGACUCUACUGUACAAGUAAAUAUUCCAAUACUGAACUGUGCUAUGCAGUUAGCUAAUUACUUCUUACAAAUUACUUUAAUGUUUAAAAGGGAAUUCUCCUGCUUAUUCAAAGAGAUAAACAUUUUAAUAUUGUCAAAGAAACAGUACUUUACCACUGUACAUUUCCUAAUUCACUAACAAACAUUAGGAUAUGAAAAAGAUAGAUGUUAUUUUUGCUUAUCAUUGCUAGUGUAUUUUAAAAUUUUAGACAUAUAUAAUGGUUUUAAUUUGAAUUGUAUUAAUUAUUUUUACAGAUUUUAUGUUCUUGGUUUAAUUUAACUGAAUGCAGUAGUUUUACAUAUAGUGUAUUAUCCAACAAAUAAAAUAAUAUGUAAAAUGUUUCUUAAUUUUAUUUUGAUAAGUAGAGCAGUUGUAACUGCUAUAAAAAGUUUUUUUUAAUCUAUUUUUUUUAUACUAUGUCUGGUUUUGCUAUUUUAUGCCAUAUCAUUUGUAGGUGAUAAGCUAGGGAUUUCUAUAUUAACCCUUAGUCGCAACAGAUUGCCAUUUUGAUACACCAAAGUAUUUUUUGAAAUUAUGAUGCAUGUUUUAGAUAAACUUCACAUGGUAUGAGUCUGCUACUAUAAACUUAAUUGCUUACGAAAAUGAAUGUGUGCACUCUUAUAAAACCAACCAUGAAAAGUUCUGAAAUCACACGCCUCACUGUAUGCUGUAAGCUUUCCAGUGAGUCAGUACCAUAUCACUGUUGCAUAACUAAAUAGGCGUGUAUCAUUUUAUAAUUUACUAUAUUUGUAAAUUUCAGUACCUAGGCUUGUGCUCAAAACAAUGACUGUAUCAAAUUCAUGCAUACAUGCAAUAAGUACCUUACAUGGUUUCACGAAUUCUGUAAGUUCACCUGCCACAUUCAAUAACAUGACUCCAUCAGUAUUUGAGAUGUGCUACAGAAAACUUGAAAAAGUGACAAAAAUACAUCUGAAGUGUCUUUCAUUAUUUUUCUUAGCAGCAUCCAAAGUUUUCUAUAGAGAAGAGGGAAACUGAUGUUUGCCACUGGUAUUUCUAGCAUGUUGAAGGAAAAACAUAACAAAGGUUUGACAUUAGAAAAAAAAGCAAAAAUAAUUGAACUAGUGUGCUUGGUAAGUAUGCAACAGCUAUUUUCUGCUAACUGGUAUGUGUACUAAACUGCGAAGUUUAUCAAGCAUAAUAUUACUAUUAUAAACAAGGUCCAAUUAAUAAUUUUGUACAGUUCUUGAGUCAAUUUACCAUGUAAAAAUAUAUAUAUAUAUACAUAUACAUAUUUUUAAAUCAAAAUCAGCCCCUAAAUAUAUAUAUUUUUUUUACUUCCCUCUAACACCAUUAUGUUUAGAAUAGAGCUGGAUAGGAUCCCGAACUUUGGAAAAAUAAAUUUUCUCAGGAUGACACUGGAAAAUGAAAAAAAAAAUUAUUAGAAAAAACCUCUGGCUGCAAAAUAAUUUUUUAGUUGUAAAAACAUUACAUGCUUACAUUUUUGACACCAAUUGGUCUCGCAACAAACAGCAAGUUGCACAUGUAUUAACUAAAACUGUCCUAAUUCCCCAAUUUCGAAAAUAUACCUGAGAUAGCACAUUUUGGUCAAAAAAUUUAUUAACGUUCCAAAAAUAACUCAUAAGAAAAGUAUUCCAUGCAAAUGCACAUGUAUUUUAGUUUAUAAACAGAACAUAACCACUCAUAUUUCUAGCUUGUUUACAUUUGUUUUUUGAUGAUCCGUCAGUUGCUUAUUGAAACAUGAAUUUACUCAUGGAGGCUGGAAAUUUAAAUUAUUUGAUUAUAUGUAACUUAGAAAUGUAUUGAAUCACAAAAUACAAAGUUUAAAAAUACAAAUUUAAUAUACGCAAAAGUGUGAGACUUUUUACAUGUUUACAAGUCAAGAACAUCUUUACAGGUUCAACGAUUUAAAUUUACAGUACCAAACAUUUGUGUGGAAAUGUGUUUUACGUGGUUGCUUUGCACGGGAAACAGUGAAAGUAAUUUACGUUAUGUAAGUCCUAUAUUAUUUGUUUGUUUUUUUAUAUUCAAUUUAAAAAACUUAACGUAAGUUAAUUUAAUAAUGUCUCCGACACAAUAUUACAAACAUUUAUUUACAAUUCAAGCAGUUGGUAUUUUCUGUUUGUACUGGUAGCAAUGCUUUAAAUAAAGCAAGUUUUUGUUCUUUUCCAACUUGACCAUGAUGGUGAUAUAUUUAUUUACGAUAUAUUAGAUUCAAGAAAGUUAUUAAAAUAUAGGAUGUUUAAAUUUAUUAUGUACAGAUGGCACACGUAGCUAAGAAAUGGAGAGUUCAAAGUAUGUAGUAGUAUGAAAAUUAACAAGCAGAUUGUGAAUAAGCAAAAAUGCUGAUUCAACUAAAUAUUGGCAACAUCUGCUUCCGCCAAUUCCGAUUGGCACAGCUCUAGCAUUAACCAGACAAAGAACAAAGAUAUCACAAAAAUUACAAGCUGUAUCUGUGAAAUGUAAAUUCAACACUCGUUCACAAACGUUGUCAAAAAUAAAAACUCCCACAAUAUAGAAGAAUUUUAAUUUAACAUGAGAGAAUGUUUUAAAUUAGUUUACUUUUGACGAAUAUCUUUACAGAAUCGUUAGGUUAUGUUUGAAAAUGAACUUCAUGAGAGCAGCAAUACACAAUGUUGCCAAAUGCAUGACAUUUGACAUGAUACAAACUCCAUUUUUAACGAAGAAACUGAAAGGCACCAUCUUCGUUAGAAUAUUCAGGCCAUAAUAUGUGUUAGAUUUUCAGAAACAUACGAGCUGUUUUAAGUUUUUGCAGUUGGUUGUCAUGUAUGAUCAAAAGUAAACUACGGAUUUUGAGAAUGUGAUUCAAAAGUAGGCAUAAAUUGUUUACGGUAAAUUUUAUUAAAUAAAAACAUGCAGUUUCUAAAUCUGGCAUUCCAGGCAGUAGUGUCAAAUGUGAUCCAGGUGUGACUUCAGCAUCUAUUUGGAAAUCCUUCAAGAAAUUACCUGAUAAUAGGAUGCAUUACACUUUUGCCCUUCUGUCCUGAAAACUGAAUGUGGGUCAAUCACAGGAGGUACGUAAUAAGACAUCCUGAAGAAAAAAUUCUUCAAGAAAAAACCAACACCAAAGGUUGCCAGUGAACAUGUUUUCGCUAGUGCUCACAAUAUUGCCAAUAACAAUUGAACAUGUUGAAGAAUUAAUAUUUCUUAACAAAAAUUUGAAGUAGAAUAGGGCAAAAGAGGUUUGUUUUUUUCCAUUUGGUGUUACUUAUUAUUUGUUCUUAAUGUGUCAAUAUUUUUUGUGAACUUAGAAUCAUUUAAACAGUUAAUGUGAAUGGUUUAUAAGACAUUUUAACAGUACAUAAAUAUUUUUUUCUGUAUCAUAAGUUAUGACAUAAUUUCAAUGCUGUUGCUCCCAAUCCCAAAAAUCCAAUAUCUUUCGUGACUAAAUUCUAUCCCGAAGUAAAAAUGCCAUUCCAGUCACAACUAAUUUAUAAGUUUCCACACAAGUUAGUUAGGUUUUUAUGUAUUGCACCUUUAAUUAAGUAUUCUUAGCUUUUAGUGGUGCUGAAUAUUUCCACUUUUAGUAGUUUACUUAUCUAUAUAUUUGUGUUAUGUACCAACAAAAAAACCCAUUCUUAUUGCCAGUUGGAAGUUUUCAAUGGCCUGUUUAAGAUGAGGGAAUUUUAUUGUGUAGGUCAUAUAUGUGUGGGUGUACAUGUACACGCACACACACACACACACACACAGUGUUUCAAUAUUUGUGGUACUGUAUAAAGUAGGGAGUUAUAGAGCAAAAUUCACAAUAAAAUAAAUGCUUGUCAACUCAACGAGUAGUGUGGUAACUGCUGUUUUAUGAAAUGAUGAGGAAAAAAAGACACAGUCAACAGCUUUCAGUGUCUCAAAUCUCACAUUACAACUACUUCUAAAAAAUUGAGGCAGUCAACAGUAACGCACACUUCACACACAUCUUGUUUGUAUAUGUUCUCUGUAGAAUCUGUGUGCUUCUCUUGAUUCUGUGCACAUCCAUCCGAAACACAAAUGACAAGAGUUGCUGUGGACUGCAUGUUUAUAUCAUAUGCUGGGAAAGUCCUCACAGGUUGAGUUCUCGGCAUGUUUUGUAUGGUGAUUUGUGCUGUGUAGUUGUAUUACCCUCUGAUGUAUGUACCACGAAUUUGGAAACUAUCAUGUAUAUCGCAGCAGUAAAAAUUAUUUUCUUAGUCUAGUUCUCUGUUCACAUUCUUAUGCUUGAAGACUGGUGAGCUUGAUAUCUCUAACUGACCUUUUUCUAUGUAUAAACAGUGGCAUUUGCAAUAUCAGUUUUCUUAUAUACAUCCUGUAUCUUCCUAGGAAUACAAUAGUAUAUAUGUACUAUAGUACCAAUCAAAAUUAAUUAUUUUUUGAAAGUUUCAAGCAUAUAGAAUUUAUUAAUGGGCUGUUGUUGUGGGGUGAAACAUUUUUAUGUACGAAUCAAACUAAUGUUUAAAUUUCCAAAUAUUUUUUGAUAAAUAAAUGAGAAUGUAGCUUGAAUAAGAAUUAGUUAUCUAUUGACUAAUCUUGUUUUACCUUAGUUGUCACUAAGCAGAAAAUGCUCAAUUGCCUGUAAGUAAUUAAUGUGUCUAAACCAAAGUCUUAUUUAUUUUGUAAUGUAGGUAUGCUGGUGGUGUUUUAGUCUAAAAGUUUAGUUCUAAAAUUGAUAGUUGGUCAAAUGGUAGAGGUAGAUCGAGGCUAUGAAGGUACUUUCGCUACUGUGCUAUUUGGUUUUAGUAAUUUUCUAUGUCUUGUGGUUAUCAUCACAUUUAUAUCAAUUUGUUAAAAAAAAAACCUCGUAUGCUUAUGUAAAGUUGUUUGCUUGUUUAUGUUCACGGUUAAAUGUACUAAAGCCUCAAAAACAUUUUUGUAAUUAGUAUCUAGUUCAAAGAUGGAGUGGCUCCAAAGUCUUGCCUCAGUUCCAUGAAGACUGAAACUUUGUAGAUGUUUGUGUGUAACUGGUCAUUGAAUGCUUAUAAGCGUCGAGAUGUGUGCUGUGGUGAAAACAAGAAUGCCACAUUGUACAAGUUAACCUACCAGAGAACUGAUUUACUUUGUGUGUUAAAUUGUGUAAAAUGAUGGUUAAAAAUGUUUUGCAGAGAUGACUGAGAAUAUAUAACUGCUAAGAUGCUCAAAUAGUUGAGUAUCAGACAACCUGUAACCAUAUUUUAAAUAAAAUGUUAGUAAUGUAGUUAUGAGCCCUGUCUACCCGCCAACACAGCAGCUUACAAGUUGUUGCCACGUAUGUGAAUACUUCAGACUCCAUUAUGUUUGCCCAUGCUGCUCUUGAAUAUAAGGUUGUUUAAGACACAAAAA